AUGUCUGUAAUGUACUCUGACACUGAUGUCUAUGAUGUCAUUGCUGUUUUAGGCAAAGGAACAUUUGGAGAAGUGACCAAAUGUUGGAAAAGAGCCUCAGGCCACUUUGUGGCCAUAAAGAUAAUCAGGAACUAUACUUUCCGGAAAGGGGUCAUCAAGUGUGAGUUAAAAAUGCUAAGAAUGUUGGGAAGUGUGGAUUCAGAUAAAUUCCAUAUUGUUCGUUUUUUUGAGUCCUUUAAUGAUGAUGCCAAGUUAUGCCUGGUGUUUGAACUUCUGGAGCAAAGUUUAUACGAGUAUCAGAAGGAAAACAAUUUUCUUCCUCUGCCAAUCAGGCACAUUCGCUCGAUCACUAAACAGACUCUAAUUGCUCUGCAGAAACUGAAGGAGCUCUCUAUUGUCCACACAGACAUCAAACCAGAAAAUAUCAUGCUUGUUAAACAGGCUCAAAAUCCUUUCAAAGUCAAGGUGAUUGAUUUUGGUUCAGCCUGCAUAUUGUCUGAAAUUCAGCAAAUUAAAGGGCCAUACAUCCAAUCUAGAUUUUACCGAUCACCUGAGAUCUUGCUUGGAUUACCCUUCUCUGAAAAGUUGGACAUGUGGUCUCUUGGGUGUGUUAUGGCAGAGCUUCACCUUGGUUGGCCCAUCUACCCUGGUACCAAUGAGUAUGAUCAGAUCAGGUACAUUGUCGAAACACAAGGGCUACCGAGCAACCACCUGUUGGAAGUAGCCAGUAAAACCCACCAUUUCUUCAAAAAAGCUCGUCAACCUAAUUCAACAUACCAGUGGACACUCAAAACAGUGGAUGAGUAUCAAGCAGAGACCAUGGUGCAACCGUUGGAGACCAGAACAAAAAGCAUGCAUUCUCUUGACCAGCUUGCGACAAUGAACGGCAGCAAAACAAUGUUCCCAGAUAAGGAGCUCAAAGCUGAAGUGUUUGAUCAGCUGAUAAUGGUGUCACUCAUAAAGAAAAUCCUCACCUAUGAUGCUGGGCAGCGCGUUGCUGCAAAUGUAGCCUUAAAGCAUCCAUUUAUUACCAUGCAGAAGCUCAAAUCAAAAUACAAAUAUACAAAAUAUUAUGAGGCAUCAUCACAAGGUUGCAAGGUGGGCCUCCAAGAUGGAGAUCAGCACCCACAAGAGCUUUGCAAUGGAGACACAAGGACAAACUUUUUCACGCAAUGA